AUGCUUUCCACUAACGCAUCAGAACGACUUUCAUCAUCUCCAACAUCAUCUACUGCUUCUGAUGUUGAAAAAAAGACAGAAAAACCUUUCGAGCCCACAAGGCCACCUCCAUGCUCCCCUGUUCCUUCCUCUUCAUCUGAAGUUUUGACAACUUCAAUGGGUCGACUUUCUACCACCGACCGUCCUUUUGCAGAUUCGGACUUAGAGGGGGAAGGACUUACAUCUAGUUUGAUUGGCACGUCUUCUGAUCAUCCUCCUUGUGAAGGUUGCAAGAACUGGGAGGAACGAUUUAAGGCACUUCAAAAAGAGCACACUUCAGUGAGUAAUCGCUUGAGCGCGACGGUGGCAGAUCUCCAUACAAUGAAAAGGGUUUUGGAGGAGACGCAAGGGCGUGCAAAGGCAGAGAAAAACCUCUUUGAAGAGCAGACGGCCUCUUAUGAGGAACGUAUUGAAAACCUUGAUGAACGCAUAAAGGUUAUGCUCAAGGAUUACCAGGCAUAUCGCCGUUCAACAGAAACCGAACUCGGUCGUUUGGAACACGAACGCCUGACAGCUCAGAUGGAAAUGUCAGAAAUUGAGGAGCACUACCGUACCCUCUUGGGUAAGAGACGCAACGCUGCGGCUGAAAUGUCUGCUCCCAUCGAUCUGCCUUCUGAGAGGGGGGAUCUGGAACUGUAUGCCCUUCAAAUGAGAGAGGAACUCCUUUCAACAAAUGUAUCAUGCGAACAUCUGCGUAACCGUCUAGACGUUGAAAUGUCAAUCAAUAAGGACAAGUUAAAUGAGGAGCGGAACAAACGAAUUCAGGCAGAAAAGUUGCUUCGACAACGCACCAUUGACGCUAAUGAACGCAUCGCGGAGUUGACCAAACUGCUAGAGAUAGCCCAAGCAGCGGCUGCCACCAGACAGUCCUUGGAAAAGGCUGCUGAACGAGCCACCAUUGACCUAAAACGACACCAGAUGGAGUUGGUGGAGAAGGAGAAAGCAUUAAAACGAAGUAGGGAGGAGAAUGCUCAACUGCGGGUGAAAGUGAUGAACCUUCAACGUGAUUUGGAGAACACAGAGAAGACUUCACAAGACUUUGUUCGUCUAUCGCAGCACCUUCAGAUUCAACUGGAACGUCAUCGUGAACAGACCCAUGAAGUUCGGUGGCAGGAACCAGAUGAUGUUACUCAAUGUGCUGGAUGCUCUCGACCUUUUGAUUUGGUAAAUUCCUCUAAACAGAACUGCCGUCAUUGUGGAGCCAUUUUCUGCCCCACUUGCCUCACUAAAGUAAUUCCGCCCUUUGGAAAUCGUUCUCGACCUGCACAUGUCUGCGACAUGUGUCAUACUCUCCUUGUCAAAGAUGCCGCCCCCUACUUUUCUACCGGUGAUUUUCCCAAGGUCGAUGGAGAAGAGAGUACUCUUCAAAGUAAUGGUGCCGCUCUCACCAAUUCAAAUCGCUGA